AUGGAAUAUUGAAAGAAACCUAACUAUUUAGAUUUUUUAAAACCAAGAGGAAAACUAUGGAACACACCUUUUUUCAGAGAUCUGUCAAAUGAAAGGAAGCAAGAAAAUAAAGCUGAGUCUAAUUCAUAUAGAAAUAAGCAUAAACCGUCACAUAGGCAAGCUGAGUCAGAAGUAUUAGAUGAGCUUAAAAAUUUGAUUGAAAAAAGUUUCAUUGAAAAAUCAUCGCAAAAAAAAGACCUAACUCCCCCCCCCCCCCUCCGUGAGCGAACAAAACCAUUAGAAAAAUCGCCAUUUUUUGACCAAAAACCCCCCUCCGUGAGUGAACAAAAAUUUUUUUAAUAGAAAAAAUUUUAAUGGAAAAAAAUUUUGAUAUAUAAGUGAUAAUUAGUAUAAUGAAAUCUAGAGCUAAUUCUGUUUAAUUUUAAACAAAUUGCGUUUUAAAACAUAAAUUUUGCAAAUUAAAUUAAUAUUUGCUUUCCCAAUUUUUGCAAAUUAGGAUUUUUUUAAAUUUCGAAAAAAAAUAUUUUUUAUAAAAUUUAUAUAUAAAUUUUUUUUAAAAAAAAAAAUUAACCCCCCUCCGUGAGCGAACAAAAUUUUUUUUGUUCGCUCACGGAGGGGGGGGGGGGAGUAAAAAAAACCGAUUAAUAAACGUUGUAACUCGGAAACGAAAUUUUCGAGUAGGUUCCCUGAAAUCUACCAAGAAAAUGAGGUGAGAUCUUAUAUUUACAAAAAACGUCCGAAAAGAAAGUCUCCUAAGCUAAUUAUAUCCAAUAGAAACCCAACUCCAAGGACUUUUCUAUCGAAUCCUGUUGAGUUUCCGAAAUCUCGACCAUUUAUGAGAAUGAUUUCAAACACAAAAAUGCCUCAUUCUUCAAGGAAUGAAGGCUCGAUGAGUGUAAAAAGACUUGAUCUAACAAAACCGAAAAAUAGAGUAAUAUCAAUUCUCCCGCAAAAGAAAAGAAACCAAAGUGUCGCAAAAAUUGAAAUAAAUUUAUUCCCAAAGAAAAUUGAGGCACAAAAUGAGCUCCAGUCAUUUGAUGAUAGUUUUAGUUCCUCAUCAGAGAGUUCAUAUAUGGAAACACAUUUAUCGCCUAAGAUUAAUAUAUAA